AUGGAGAAGCAGGCCAACCUGGUCCUGGGCCCCAAGCCUACCAAGGCAUGUGGGGCUCCGCCGUGUCGCCGAUGUAGGCAUACACAAACAGCUUGUGUAUUUAAGCCUCGUGCCAAUGCUUCUGCCAUUCAUGAAUUUUUCGAUGAGGCACAGAAUGAACUGCUGGUCACCAGAACGUCAACAGCACCUGAUCAGCAAGCUAUCCUCGAUCGCCUGGAUCGUAUCGAGGCUGCGCUUGGCAUCACCCAAGACGCCUCCGAGACAGGAUCCGUCUCUCAGGAUAUGAGCAUCGAUGAAGAACUAGAAUCCGUACCAUUGCAGGGCGUUUGGAAUGCUAUCGCCCACUUGAGAUCUAUCACGCGGCCGGUGCCAGAUGAGAAAGUCUGGUCACGUCCCACUAUCAAGAAGCUUUGGAGCUCGUUUCUUAACAAUUUGCCCCUUCUGCAUUUUCUAAGCGACCGGGAUGCAUUCGUAUCCCCGACACCAUUACUGCUUGCAUCUGUUCUCUACAUUUCUGCUCUUCAUCACCGAUCAUCCGAGCUGGCCUCUUUCGAUGCGGGUUACUUUGCAGCCACUUGCAGCGCUAUAAAUGAACUACUUACACCAAGCUUUAGGCCUGGUCUUCCUCCCAGACGGGAAAGCCAUACAACUGAUGAUUCCGCCGAAUCUUUACCUCCGAAGCGAAGAGCAUUUAACGAUAUCCUCGGCCUUAUCAUGGCGAGUUUGAGCUCAGAAGCUUAUAUUGAUGCCACUGGCUCGUGGAUAGCGAUGGCAUACCGCCUCUGGCUGGAUCACUGCCCGUCUCAAAUAGAUGCUACUACUCCAGAAUGGCGGGGCUUAUUUUCUGGCCUUCAGGUUAUCGACAUCGAACAUGCAUCUAUGCAUAUGUCCUAUCCUAUGCUGCCCCGGCAACCUCCAACGCCAGGUAUCCAGCGUGUUGACAACCAUCAGGGGAAUGCAUACCAGAGUCUCUCUGAUAUGAUGCAUUACGGUCUCAGCCACUUUGUGGGCAGGGGACUACCGACUAUCUGGUCUUCAAUCAAUGCCGAUGUCCCCGAUAGUCCUGUCAUUCAGACCUCAUUUACCGAACAGGAUUCUGAAGUUAUCCGCCUUUGGGCUCGAAAGAUUGACGAUUGGCUUGUUAAAUAUAAUGGGGCAUCCCAGCCAUCUCCAUCAGAUAGACAAGGUAUCGUGAUACUUUUGCAAUAUCAUUUGCAUAAACUAUACGUUCUGUCUAUCUAUCACCCUGCUCGAGGGUUUGACUUGAGUUCGGCAAAUAUCACUCCCGUCGAAAGACAUGAGCUGCUCGUAUCAGCGCGUGCAGUAUUGAGGUUACGCCAGGACGAUGCCAGCAUCUGGUCGAAUUGGGAUUUGAUAAUGAUCACCUGGGCUGCUAUUCUCUUACUCCGUGGCGUGGAAGACGGCAUGACACACCAAGACGACCUCCACCUAAUUCAGGCCCAUCUCCGCAGCCUAGAAAGACCCUACCAAUCUUCCGAAAGCGUCCACACCGUUCUCUCCCAACGUCUUGAAUCAAGCAUGCAAGCCAUGCACACUCCACCAGACACAACCUCCGCCCUCGCAUUCCCAGUCGCCAACGCAGACGAUUCUUGGGCUAUCUUCGACCAAGAAAUCAUGUCCCUCGCAAACCCACCCUGGCUCUUCCAGGACUCCGCAUUUCCCCACAGUCAAAAAUCUCCAACCCAUCAAGUCCAGCCUGUACAGACCGGCUUACAAUCCGUCGCCUACGGGUCGGGCCUUAUGCCAACCCCGGCUCAGCAGUUCGCGGCUAGUGCCCAGUGGGGGACACCUCCAGAGGCCAUGCAGGAUGCAUUGCCGUCUACUCUUAACCGGAUAUUCGGCAAUGAGCCUCAUCAAUCACAUAACAGUGGUCUCAUGUAG